AUGUCAACUAUUUCUGAUCAGAAGAAACGGACCUUAGAAGCUAUUCAACAACGGUAUGCAGCAGCUAAAGCUAAGAAGCUGCAAGAUGAACAGCCCAAGUGCCCGAAGAACAAAGAGAGUACCCCCAAGCCCAAGUUUGAUGCACAGAGGAAAGGAAAAACUCCUGAAUCCACUCCUCGAACUUCUGGCCAGCUGCCUACAUUUAGAGCUCAAGGAAACUCCAGUCAUCAACAAAAGCCUUCUGCCUCCUCAGGUGGAGAAAUCAACCCUAUAUACUCUGAGAUUUCAUUUGCUCUUCAUGAAAAUUUGUCCCAAGAUGACUAUGCGGAUCCCGACAGCACAGACGUAGUUCAAAAUGUCAUAUAUGAUAUAAUUCAGAAAGGUGGAGAAGCCGGGAAAAUUUCCAAGGGAUCGAAAAAGUUAAAGUUGGAUAGAGGGAUUCUUUUGGAUAACUAUGUUCAAAGGGGUCCUAUAUUAGUGGAUGCACAAUCACGAUCUUUGUUGAUCCACUCGAAGCGAUCAAAAAGGCACAUGUCACUGAAGCAACAUAAGAAAUGUGGGUCAUUUGAUUUACAUGAUAAAUUCCGCAGGUUUGACCUCUAUAAGCCAAUGCAUGAAAUGUGGAAAGAGUAUAUGCGAGAGCUUACAAAAAGUACUCCGAAAAAGCAAUUGUCGGAAAACCUCCUUUCAGCAGAUCUUCAUGGGGCGCUUAUAAUAGUGGCGCAAUGCAAAGCAGCCUCAUAUGAAGGUGUAAGUGGCAUCAUGAUUCGUGACACUGCAGAGACUUUUGGAAUUAUAUCAGAGGACAACCGCUUCCGAGUUGUGCCGAAAGCUGGGUCAGUUUUCGUCCUCCAAGCUGAUUGCUGGAAGGUGACACCGAUCAGCGACAAACUGUCACCAAAGGAGAAGUUGAAGGGAAGCCAGCGUCUGCAGCGUGCGCAAUCACUGAUCAGAUAG